AUGCGCAAGAUUAGCCUCGCAAUCUCACUACUCCAUCCCGCCGUUGCCACCACCGCAGCCUACCCAACCACUCCCGCUGCUGGUUCUGGCGAAUGCUUGCUAGGGGGCGGCGACGAUGUCCUCACGCCUCCUCGUCGAGAAGUUCACGGCAAUGGCCGAAUCUUCGAUAUCAGUCACAAGUAUGUCCCCGACAUGCCCGUUUUUGAGUCUAAGGAUGGCCUUGGCCACUUCCUCUGGCUUCAAACGAGCAUGAAAAACGGGUCUUUUGCUAAUAUCUCAGAAAUGAAGUUCCUCACUCACACAGGAACCCAUGUUGACGCUCCGGGUCACUUCUUCGACCACUACUUCGAUGCGGGGUUUGACGUCGAUACACUUGAUUUGGAAGUCCUCAAUGGUCCUGCACUUUUGGUCGAUGUUCCAAGAGAUUCAAACAUAACUGCCGAAGUUAUGAAGUCAUUAAAUAUUCCAAGGGGUGUACGUCGUGUGCUCUUCAGAACAUUGAAUACUGACAGGCGGCUGAUGUUUCAAAAGGAAUUCGACGCAAGCUAUGGGGGAUUCAUGGUGGACGGAGCAAAAUGGCUUGCAGAGAACACUGACAUCAAACUCACAGGCAAGAUAUAA